GAGAUUCCUCGAUAGUUUAAAAUUAGGUCAACUACGAAAUUUGUAUAUUCAAACCGAUUGACAACACAGUUGAAAGAAAUUUUGUAUUUAAAACGAGAGCAAUGUCCUCUUUCUCAAAUGUUGAAAACCUAUCUCCUCAAAUAAUCCGCCAAGUGUCUAAAGAAAUAGCAGAUCUAUGUAAUGAUCCACCAGAAGGCAUCAAGAUAUUUCCAAACGAAGAAGAUAUAACAGAUAUACAGGCACAAAUAGAAGGACCCUCUGGAACUCCAUAUGCAGGAGGUUUAUUCAGGAUGAAACUUGUGCUGGGAAAGAACUUUCCAUCUGAACCCCCAAAAGGAUUCUUUGUAACAAAAAUUUUUCACCCAAAUGUUGCAAGUAACGGUGAAAUUUGUGUGAACACUUUGAAAAAAGACUGGAAGGCAGAACUUGGAAUUAAACAUAUAUUAUUGACAAUAAAAUGUUUAUUAAUAGUACCAAAUCCCGAGUCUGCAUUAAAUGAGGAAGCAGGGAAACUCCUACUGGAACAGUAUGAAGACUACUCAAUGAGAGCAAAGUUAUACACAGAAAUACAUGCCAAACCUCCAAAAACUUCAAAGGAUACAGCAGGAAUAUUAGCAGAAUCAAGCAAAAACAGCCAGGAAGGACCAUUGGCCAAGAAACAUGCUGGUGACAAAAAUGUUUUAGAUAAGAAGAAAAAGGAAAAGAAGAAGGUCCUAAAGCGGUUAUGACAGAAAAAACAUUAGGAAGAGCGUACAUCUGAGAGACUUCUUUAUCACAGCCAUUUCCAUUACACACUCAUUGCAAGGUUGUUUGAAACAGCAAGCCACAUUUCAUGUAUUAACAUGUUUCCUGGUUCCCAGAGAUUGCCGACUGGGGGUAGCUGCAUGCCGGUGAAUACAAGUGUAGCUUCAAUGUACAUAUAUUUAUGGUAUUUGAGGUGUAGUUAAGCUAUCCCCAGUUUUGUGAAGGUGAACCUGUUCCAUGUAUGUUGAAUGGUGUUUUUUUUUUUUUUUUUUUUAGAGUUUUGUUUAUGAGAGUUUUUGCCAGUUUUUGACAAAUAUGACAAAUGAAAGAAAUGCUAGAAAUGUAGCCCUCUUUUUUCCAGAAGUUUUUUUUUUUUUUAAAUAUUUACUAAUUACAACACAAAGUCAAAAGUGGAAACCAGAACCUUAAAGGUGAAAAUUCUCACAAGUGGAUAUGAUAUUCAAUAAGGCCUGGAUCUAACUUAUAAACUACAAGAAAAAAACAGAUCACCAACACAUUGUGAGAAUGCACAACUAAAAUUUAUUUGUGCAUUCUCACAAUGUUGUGUUGGUGUUGUUUAUUUCUGAAUUAUUUGUACUUGAAUUGUGUAAAACCACUCGGUCAAGUGAAAGAAUGAAAGUUUCUCUGAAAGUGAGCAAUGUCUGUAAUGGUGCUCAAAGUACCGAUACUACCCCUAAUUGUAUAAAUUCAAACCUCGAAUAUUGUUUAGAAAGGUCAAUUCUGACGGUGUAGAAACAUUUCUUUAUUUCAAUGUGUACAAAAAGGUUAUUUAUUUUAUAAAUGUUAUUAAUUUUUAUGUUUUAUCUUUAUUUUACCCUUGCAUGUGCUUUGUGAACAUUUUGUGAUAUUCUUUGUCCCAGAAUCAUUUAAAUACGUGAGUAAUAUAUAUGUGUCAAAUAAAUGUCAAUAAACUUU